AUGUCAUCUUCUAGUCCCAAGAAGCAGGCCACUAUAUCAUCCUUCUUCUCUCAGGAUACUAUUUCACCGUCACCUAUCAAUUUGAAGAAAAGAUCGAGUGCUCACAUUGACCUCACUGUCGACUCUGAUGACGACACCACUCCGGUUGCAAAGAAGCAGAACACAACGAGUACUUUCUUUUCUGAGUCCAGGAAUCGGCCAAAUAGAUGUGCAGAGGCUGGGCCGUCUAGUGGACGCUUGAAUCUGGCUCGUGUCGCUAAACAAUGGCAGUUUGAUCGUAGCUUGCAUACACAGACACAGACACCUUGCGCACCCGCAACAGAGAUGAGAAAAAACCAUGAGAGAGCUUCAAAGAUUCUUCUUGGACGAACCGACUUCUUUGCGAGGAACGUACCUGCCGAUGGGACGGUAGACAUCUCCGACGAAGUGGAAGAGGGCGGCAACGCAGAGGAUGUUCACGAGACCUCAAGUACUGACUCUGACAGCCCCUUUCGUGAAGUCAUUCAGACAUUCACAGACAAAAAAGGCAAGACAAAGAAAACAUCCCGAAAUGUAGCUAAGAAGAAAGCAGUCGAGAUAGGUCCUAGAGGCUUCCCGUAUAGUCCCUUGGAACUGCAAGUUCUGGAUCUCAAAGCCAAACACCCAGGAACCUUACUCAUGGUUGAGGUUGGCUAUAGGAUGAACUUCUUCGGUGAAGACGCAGAGAUCGUUGGAAAAGAACUGGGAUUUGUAUGCUUCCCUAGUCGGAAUUUCUCUUCAGCCGCUAUGAUUCCAGUACAUCGCCAAGAAGUACAUCUGAAGAAGCUCCUUUCCAAAGGAUAUAAGGUCGGUAUCGUAGAGCAAACAGAAACCGCGGCGUUGAAGAAGGUCGGCGACAAUCGGAAAGUGUUAUUUACUCGAAAGCUUACUCACUUGUAUACCGCCGCAACCUAUAUAGAAGAAUUGGACUCCCCGGAUGAUCUUGAGCCGGCGACAGCACCCCCUCUUAUGUGUCUGGUCGAAGAAUUAAAAGGUGGCAUGGGCGCUGACGAACGUGUGCAAAUUGGCAUGAUUGUUAUUUGCCCAAGCACAGGAGAUGUCGUAUGGGAUGAAUUCGAGGACAAUCACAUGCGUACGGAACUAGAGACUCGCAUGGUUCACUCGAAACCGUAUGAACUACUUCUACCUGAGGGCCGCUUGAGUAACCCAAGCGAAAAACUACUUGUCUACUUCACUGAACAGCCAAAUCCCCUUACUGCAGAACAUCAGAUUAGAGUAGAGCGUUUCAAACAAGAUCUGACUUAUACAGAGGCAUUUUCAUACCUGACCGACUUCUACUCUGACAAGUCGAAAUCUGCUUUCGCGUCGGACAGUUACAAUACUGGGAAGCUUAUGGCCGCCGUGACGGGCUUUCCAAAACUUGUAGUUGCCGCUCUGGCGUACACUAUCAAGUACUUGGCAAACUUUGACAUCGAAAACUGCUUGGUAGAGACAAACUUCUUUACGAAAUUUGCAGAACGAACGCACAUGCUACUAAAUGGGAACACUCUGACUAAUUUAGAAAUUUAUCGUAACGAGACGGAUUACACUACGAAAGGCUCACUUAUCUGGAUCCUCGAUCACACUUCGACGAAGUUUGGUGCAAGGAUGUUGAGAAGCUGGGUCGGCCGACCGCUGACAAACGUGAAAAUCCUCAAGGAGAGGAUUAGCGCUGUCGAAGAAAUCCUAGCGGAUGGCACGCCGAAGCUCACUCACCUCCGUGAGCUGCUCCGACGCCUUCCGGAUCUUGCCAAAGGGUUAUGUCGUAUACAAUACGGAAAAUGUACCCCUCAAGAGCUCGCCGUUCUUCUUCCCGCAUUCAGUAAGAUUGCUGCCGCAUUCCAACCGAUCAAUGGACUGCAUGACGCGCCUUUCAAGUCAAAGAUACUUAACGAAAUCGUGGCUGCUCUCCCUAACCUCAGGGAGCCUAUGAAUGAGUUAAUGGCCAGUAUCUCCCUAAAGAUGGCAAAGGAAGGCAAAAAGGAAGCCUUGUGGGCCGACCCGGACAAAUACCCUGAAAUUGACAGUAUUACCGUGUCAAUACAGAUUGUAGAGUCGGAAUUAAUGGACGAGCUGAAAAAUAUUCGCAGACGGAUCAAGAAGCCUGCUCUGAUGUACGGAACGUGGAAUGGAGAGGAGUAUCUCGUGGAGAUACGAAAAGAUGAAAACCGCGAAAUCCCUGUGACAUGGUUUCUGGUCUCCAGUACAAAGAUUAUGAGGAGAUACCACACCCCCGAAGUUAAGAAAAAGCUCGAACAUCGCGCUCGAUUAAAGGAGGCCCUUAAUAUGGAGGCUAACAAAGCCUACCUGUCCUUUCUACAGGAGAUCUCACGGAAGCAUUAUGCGGUGUUGCGCGACGCUGUUAACAAGCUAGCUGUCGCCGACUGCCUGAUGAGUCUGGCUCGCGUCGCGCUGCAGGAGGGCUAUGUGAAGCCGGAGAUCACAGCGGACGACACACUGGAGAUUGUUGAGGGACGGCACCCCAUGAUAGAAGUGCUCCGAUCCGACCCGUUCGUGCCAAACUCGGUGUACAUGGGCGGCGCGCAACCAAGGAGCAGGAUUAUCACGGGUCCGAACAUGGGCGGGAAGAGCUCUGCUGUUCGGAUGAUUGCUCUCUGUGCUAUCAUGGCGCAAAUUGGCUCGUACGUCCCGGCCCAAUCUAUGAAAAUUGGGCUUCUAGACGCCUCUGACGAGCUCGCGCGGGGUCGAUCGACGUUCAUGGUCGAGAUGCAACAGACGAGCGACAUCCUGCAGCUGGCCACGCCAAGAACGCUCGUCAUUCUCGAUGAGCUUGGCAGAGGCACUGCCACGUUUGACGGUAUGGCAAUCGCCAGCGCCGUGCUGCAGCACCUCAUUGAGAAGACUCGAUGUCGAACCUUGUUCAUCACUCAUUACCCUCGGCUCGCCACGGACUUGGAGCGCAGGUUCCCUCUGGACGUCGGGAACCUGCACAUGGGCUUCGCUGAGGACACGCGGAUCGACGGAACGCGCGAAGUGACGUUUUUGUACACGCUGACCCACGGCCUGACGGAGGAGUCGUUCGGAGUGGAGUGCGGACGCCUCGCUGGCCUGCCGGAACAGCUGCUUCAAGUGGCGUCGGAGAGGGCGCAGGUUCUGCGGGCUGCUAUCACGCGGCGUGUGAGGCAGAACAGAUUCCGCAAACUCACCAGGCUACUCUCUGAGUGUAUCAACAACUCAACGGGGGCUGCUAGACCUGUUGAAGAGCUCAGAGAGUAUGUUGCACAGAUUUGA